GUCACGAGUUUACUGCUGUCGCCGUCGUCGCAGUCGUCGUCUCAGAUGACAAACUCGUCGCCAAACGGCAGACAAAUACUUAAAUACUCGAAGAAACGGUUGAGAGGUCCUUAUGGAGAGAUGUUGGAGUCGAUGAUGAAUACGAAGAACAACAACGAAGAGAACGACACGAAACACAACCUGUCGUUCAUUCAGGAGUUGUUGAGAGAAACGGAGAAACAGAGACAACAAUUGGACACCAAUGCGAAGGAGACGACGGGAACGGCUGUCGUGGAGGCGACGCCCGAGACGACGACGACGUCGAUAAUGGCGACAAUCGGUCGUCAUUUGGACACCAGAACCCAUAUUGUGGGCGAACUCUACGACACGGAAAAGAGUUUUUGCGAACAAUUGCGAGAUUUGGUGGAAAAGUAUUCGAAACCUUUGACCGAAUUAUUGAUCAUUGAUUCGAUUUUCGUG